GGGCGUGUACAAUGGGACGAAGCUAAUAUAGUGGAAAUUGAAUCUAACAAACCUGUAAGGCAGAAGAUUACUGAACCAAAGACACCGUACCACCCGAUGAUUGAUGAUGAUGGUUCUCUGUCUCCUAGAGGAACAGCGUUUGACGAAUGCGUUGAUGAUAUGCAACGUGCUGAAGAACUGAGGAACGUUCUGAACGAUGAAGCAGCUUCUUCCAGUAGAAACACUAGCGUGGGGUCUGAUGCUGGCGGCUGGAGCUCGUCUGAUGACGAAGCAGAUCCAAUGGAUCAAGAUGAAGAAGGUCCCGAAGGUAAGAAGAAUGCACGUUUCAAUGAACACAGAAGAGUACAUUACGAUGAGUUUCGGAAGGUGAAGGAACUGAGAUCAUCAGGGUCGUUCUAUGAAGAAGAAGAGGAAGAAGAUGAUGGCGCAAAAGGAAGUAAAUCAGAUGCAACAACGUCACGACACAGUAAAGGCGUUAGCAAAGAGGUCGAUUCAGCAACAACAGUAUCAGAGAAGGCAUCGACUUGA